UUAUACAUUCUACUCCACCGCGUCAGCAGUGACGUCACGGAAAUGGCAAGUUACGGGCAGGGUUACCCCAGUUCAGGAGGUCCGGCCCCUGGAGGGGGCUAUUACUCGGAACAGCCCCCUGCUGGUGGACAGGCGCCUCCAGGAGGUCAAUAUGGGGCCGGAGCACCCCCUGGUGGUCCUUACAGCGGUACUGCCUCUCCACACAUGGGUCAAUACGGGGGAUCAGCUCCCCCUGGUGGUCAUUAUGGGGGUACUGCGCCUCCUCCAGCUGCAGGGGGUCAGUACGGGGGAGCGGCUCCCCCUGGUGGUCAUUACGGGGGUACUGCGCCUCCUCCAGCUGCGGGGGGUCAGUACGGGGGAUCAGCUCCCCCUGGUGGUUAUUACGGGGGUACUGCGCCUCCUCCAGCUGCAGGGGGUCAGUACGGGGGAGCGGCUCCCCCAGGUGGUGGGCAGUACCACGGAGGCCCUGCUCCUGGCUCUGGGGGGCAGUACGGGGGCCCAGGGGGAGUGGCCCCGGGGGCCCCCUACGGAGGGGCAGCACCAGGAGGGGGGCACUUCGGCGGGCAAGCUCCUGGUGCCCCCUAUGGAGGUUACGGCCAGCACCAGGGACAGCAAGCUCCGGGAGGAGGUAAUGUGCCCCCUGGCGUCGACCCCGAAGCGUUCCAGUGGUUCCAGACCGUGGACACUGACCACAGCGGCUCGAUCACCCUGAAGGAGCUGAAGCAGGCCCUGGUUAACUCCAACUGGUCAGCCUUCAACGACGAGACGUGCCUCAUGAUGAUCAACAUGUUUGAUAAGAGCAACACUGGGAAGAUGGAUGUGUUUGGGUUCUCUAGUCUCUGGGGGUUCAUGCAGCAGUGGAAGACUCUGUUCCAGCAGUUCGACCGCGACCGCUCAGGGACCAUCAGUGCCAAUGAACUGCACCAGGCCCUGUCCCAGAUGGGGUACAACCUGAGCCCUCAGUUCACGCAAAGCCUGGUGUCCCGGGGGAGGCAGACCUCCAUGCAGCUGGACCGCUUCAUCCAGGUGUGCACACAGCUGCAGAGCAUAACCGGGGCCUUCCGAGAGAAAGACACUGGCAUGACUGGCAGCGUGAGGAUGAGCUACGAGGACUUCCUCUCCACCUCCAUCACCCGCCUGCUGUGAGAGCUGUGUUUGUGAUCCCCCAGGACCGGACCGCACUUACCCUGCACGGGAACGCUCCAGAGGGGCGGGGAGGGGGGGCUGUUGCAUUAACACACUUCCAAGUAGUGCUGGGAAUCGAACAUUCAGACAGACGUUGCUUGAAAUGUAUUCAGUGGCAAAGCCACGUUUACAUUCGCUGAUGGAAUAAACAGCACAGCGCUCCUCUCUCCCUUUCUCUGAUGAGUCAUUAAUAAUUCCGGUGCCAGACUGGUGUUUUCGUUUCUUCCUCCAGAGAGAUUUAAACACAGUAUGGCACCAGCUGUACUUUGUUUCCCAGCUUAUUCAAAAUGAAAGAAUAUUCGAACAUGAAAAAGCCAUGUGCAUCCCAACCCUACUUGAGGCGCCUCUUCUAGUAACGCUGCAUUGCUCAAUCUGGCAGCAAGAAGCUAUUGAGCACAUUGAACUUCACUGCACGCUUUUCAAAAGAGUCUGUGUCUGUAGGGCUGGGGUUACGGGACUCGCUCUUUAGGGCUGGGGUUACGGGACUCUAUCUUUAGGGCUGGGGUUACGGGACUCUAUCUUUAGGGCUGGGGUUACGGGACUCGGUCUUUAGGGCUGGGGUUACGGGACUCGGUCUUUAGGGCUGGGGUUACGGGACUCGGUCUUUAGGGUUUCAGUUCCAGAGGUACUCCCCUUUAUGUUCCCUGUUUCCUUGUUAUGUUUAAAGUGAGUCAUUGCAGGUGAAUGUUCAGAGGUAACUUCUGGGGUGUGGUAGAGCCAUCUAAUAAAUGAGCAAUGAAGGAAUAAACCUUUUAAAUAAUGAAAUAAAAAACUGAAACCCAAACAGUGCAAGUGCAGCAAAUCAGAUCUGACUUUCGAAAUUGCCAAACACAGAGAUCUGUGCAUCUAGCCCACAAACACAGAGAUCUGUGCAUCUAGUCCACAAACACAGAGAUCUGUGCAUCUAGCCCACAAACACAGAGAUCUGUGCAUCUAGCCCACGAACACAGAGAUCUGUGCAUCUAGCCCACGAACAGAGAUAUGUGCAUCUAGCACAGAAACACAGAGAGAUCUGUGCAUCUAGCCCACGAACACAGAGAUCUGUGCAUCUAGCACAGAAACACAGAGAGAUCUGUGCAUCUAGCACGCACACACACAGAGAUCUGUGCAUCUAGCACGGAAACUAUUGGAACUGUGUCAAAUACUGCUCAUGUUACCUGCUAAAAUGUAUACCCCGUGAAAGACUGCAGCAUCUACAGUGUCAGUGCUGGAGCCUCAGUCUCCAUUGUUUCGGCAGCGUGCAUUUCGUGACCAUAGAAAAACCAUGUAACGCUAAAUAGGUACCGAUCUUAAAACUGUCUGUGAGCCAGUGAAGCUGCGUAAUGUGCCUGACUGUUCUGCAGAAUGAGGUUGCUAAUUAAUAUAUAAAUAAACAAGUGAUGCUGCAAAUAGAUGGGCGUGCUCUUGUGGUCCAGAUCUAUGCUGUGCUGUAAUCAAAUGCUUUUUAUACAUCAAUAAAUAUUAUACUUCCAACCUGCAAAUCUUAAUGACACUUUGUUUUCGGAGUUAAUAAAGUUGCUGUGUUUUUGCUAACACGC